CCGGAUAUCGCUCGGAGAGAAUAAAGAAAGGAAGUCUGUCCGCCUAGCCAAUCAAACCCUGGAUUAGUCAUGUCUUGGUACUCGAGGCUCUUUCCCCGGGUGGCUUCCGAUUCGCACCCUGCUUACUACACAAAUGCACCAUAACUUCAUCAAGUUUAUGGUUGUCUGUCAAAUGAGCAGAAUGUGAGAGUUAGUCGAUCAUGGAUGACUAUCCCAUUGACAAAGUAUACCGUCUACUCGAACCAGGUCCAGUCAUCCUCUUGACUACGAAGGAGAAGGAUGGUACCAACAAUGUCAUGACCAUAGGAUUUCACAUGGUCGUCCAGCACGAACAACCACCUCUCCUUGCUGCAAUUAUAGGACCAUGGGAUCACACCUUCAAGACCUUGCGCACCACGAAAGAAUGUGUCAUCGCUAUCCCGACAGUCGAGAUGGCCAAGACCGUCGUUGACAUUGGAAACUGCUCGGGUGCCGAUGAAGACAAGUUCGAGAAGUUCAGCUUGUCUACUGCUUCAGGUUCGGAGGUUGGAGCCCCUCUAAUCGAGCAAUGUAAAGCCAACAUCGAGUGUCGGGUCGCAGAUACAAAAAUGGUCUCCAAGUACAACAUGUUCAUCCUUGAACCUGUUAAAGCGUGGGUAACGCCUCACCUCAAGGAUCAUAAAACGAUCCAUCAUAGAGGCGAUGGAACGUUUACCGUUGACGGCAAGGUCAUAAACCUGCAAGACCGGAUGACCAAAUGGAAAGAGUAUCAAGAAUAAGUAGCGUCGAACCAGCCAGUCUACAACUUGUUAGGAAACAAAGGAGCAUUCCUCCCACCCCUGAAUAA